AUGAAGCUCCACUGGCUGCUUUUGGCAGUUAUCUGCAUCGUGAACUACAGCGUCACCACCGGCAGCAGCCCCACAACCGAGAGCACCUCCACCACCACCACCACCACCUCCUCGUCCAGCUCCAGCACCACCACGGAUUCCUCGACCACCACCACCGCAUCCUCCUCCUCCUCCUCCUCCACUGAAUCCACCGAGGCGUCCAGCACCGAAACGGUCACCACCGCCGCCGCCGCCGCCACCGCCUCCAAAACCAGCUCCGCCACCACCGCGACCGCCACCAAGAAGUCCUCCGCCGCCGCCAAGAAGAAGGCCCGCGCCGCCCGCAAGAAGCGGGCGGCACGACGCAGGAAGCGUCGCGCAGCCAAGAAGCGUGCCGCCGCCAGGCGCAAUCGCAACAGGGGCUAA